AUGGGAAAGGAUAUGUCUUGCUACAAUGUUAGUAUUGUUGAUCUAUCAUAUAGAUUCACAUUCAAAGAUUCUGUAAAGUGUAAUAAAAUAAAGCUGGGAGAUUACGAGCUAUGGAACCAUUCUGAUGAUCCUAAGUUUGCAGAUAUAAAGAUACUUUCCCUAGAUCUUCCUACUAACAGUUUCUUAGUUUUGAAGAAUCUAAUUACAGCGCAAACUAAUUAA